AUGGCAAGGAUGGAAGAGUUGCGGAUGGAGGACCAAAAUGUAAAGCGCAAGAGGGAGCGUUGUCAGAAACAAUCUUCUCUUCUUUCAAAGCUCACCAGGCAACUUAGUAUUCAUGACAAUCGGGCAGUUCCUUCGCAUCGAGUCGGCGACGGGAAGGCGGAGAGAGAAGACGAAGAUCAGGGAACUCAAGGAUUCCAGGAGAAGGAUAUUAGUUUAAGUGGUGAACAUGUAAGGGAGGGCUUGACAUGUGUAAUUUCUGUCAAAGUACCAAAUCCAGAAUUUGAAGGACAAACAAAGACAAGGUUGGGGAAUCCAGAGGUGCGGAAAGUGGUUGAUCAAUCUGUUCAGGAGUAUCUCACUGAGUACUUAGAGUUGCAUCCAGAUGUACUUGAUUCAAUCCUUUCCAAGUCCCUUAAUGCUCUAAAGGCAGCUCUGGCGGCAAAGAGGGCAAGAGAAUUGGUGAGACAAAAGAGUGUUUUAAAAUCAUCUUCUAUUCCUGGAAAGCUUGCAGAUUGCUCAGCCACUAAUCCUGAAGAAUCUGAAAUAUUUAUUGUUGAAGGAGAUUCGGCCGGUGGUAGCACAAAACAAGGUCGUGACAGGCGCUUCCAGGCUGUUCUUCCCUUAAGGGGUAAAAUUUUGAACAUUGAAAGAAGGGAUGAAGCAGCAAUGUACAAGAAUGAAGAGAUUCAAAAUCUUAUUCUAGCUCUGGGACUUGGAGUAAAGGGAGAAGAUUUUAAAAAGGAGGCUCUCCGUUAUCAUAAAAUCAUAAUCUUGACUGAUGCUGAUGUAGAUGGCGCUCAUAUCCGAACAUUACUAUUGACAUUUUUCUUUAGAUAUCAGAGGGCUUUAUUUGAUGAAGGAUACAUUUAUGUUGGUGUCCCGCCUUUGUACAAGGUUGAAAGGGGAAAGCAAGCAUAUUAUUGCUAUGACGAAACAGAUCUGAAACGACUACAGAGUUCGUUCCCUCCAAAUGCAUCAUAUAACAUUCAGAGGUUCAAAGGUUUAGGAGAGAUGAUGCCUUUACAAUUAUGGGAGACAACACUUGAUCCAGAGAGAAGAUUGCUAAAGCAACUAGUGGUUGAGGAUGCAGCAGAAGCGAAUGUUGUUUUCUCCUCUCUUAUGGGUUCCCGGGUGGAUGUGCGGAAGGAACUUAUUCAGAAAUCUUCAGGCAUGAUCAACCUUGACCACCUCGAUAUCUGAACAGGGUAUAUCAUCAACUAUAGAAGGUUGAAAAUUGUUUGCACUGUAUAUUUUACGAGGUCAAUCAAGUGUAAACGCUUCACGAGGGCGAAGAGGCAAUCAAAUGUAGACAUUUUUAUAAUUUUGUGUGAAGCGGAUGCUCUUCUUUAGUGCAUUUUGUCCAUUUUAGGUGUACCGGUAACAUGCAUGUGAUGUUCUGGAAGUAUUGAAGAAUACAUGUUAUAUUUCUCUGUAUUCUCAUUCCUAAAACACUAGUUGCAAUAGCUUGUGAGAUUGUGUUAUUUAUUAUUAAGCAAUAGGAAAAAAUUUCUCAUGUUGAGAUCUUAACAUGAGAGAACUUGAAGGGCCUAUAGGGCCCAUCACAAGUACCAAUGUAUAA